AUGUGGGUCUUUGAGGCAUUCCCUCCAUCCACCACCACGAGCCCCACUAGCCCUCCAUCCACCACCACCACCACCACCACAACAACUACGACCACCACGACCUCUGCAGACACCACCACCACUUCCCUGCCGCCAGGGAAUUGCCAGAAUGGGGGCACCUGGGAUGGCAUCAAGUGCAUCUGCCCUGCCGAGUACUAUGGCACCAAGUGUGAGAUCCCCAUCUGCCAGAAUGGGGGCACCUGGGAUGGCGGAGUUUGCCACUGCCUCCCCAACUUCCAGGGCUUAGAGUGCGAGUCGGUCAAGGAGACCAUCGAGAUCAAAGAUGUGGUGGUGAACGCGACAGUGGACAUGAAGGCAAAGGUCGAGAACAGGAAUUUCACAGCCGAGCUCAAAAAUAAGUCCUCCCAGGCUUUCCAGGACUUCGAGAAGAAAUUCAAGCAGCAGAUGGAUGAGCUUUACCAGAACAUAAAGGGCUACCGAGGUGUGGAGAUCCACAGCCUGAGCAAUGGCAGCAUCGUUGUGAACUACACGGUCCUCCUGGAGGUGCCUGCCACCACCUUGGUCAACAGCACUGUCCAGAGCAUCUCUGAAGAGCUUGUUACUGCCAUCAACAGCUACAACAACUGCUGCCAGAGCAACUCCUCAUGUAGUUUCUGUUUCAACUCCAACUUCACCAAUGUCACCAGCUACAAGACUGAUGACGUUAACACAGACCUGUGCAUUGGCCAAGUCCCGGAGGCGUUCCAGGAAUACUAUUCCCCUGCUGUCACAAAAGUGGGUGUCCUCUGCGUCACCAGAUGUGACAAGAGAUCUGCCGAUCCCUAUACCUGCACCUACGGCACAUGCGUCGUGAAGCACAGGGGACCCCUGUGCGAGUGCUCGGACAAAGCAGCAUUUUGGUACCUCGACAAUGCCUGUGCCUCACGCAUCAGCAAGGUGGGGGUGGCUGUAGGGGUGCCCGUGGCUGUGCUGACUGUCGUGGCUGCUGUCUUCACCAUCUUCCUACUCAGGGCCCAGAGGGAGAACUUGGAGUACAGGGAGACCCAAGCCCAGCUCUGA